AUGCAUAACGUGCAAUGCAGUGGUUACCUGCAAGUAAUCGACAAGAGGACGCGAGCAUGGCGUCAAUCCGGAGCCAGUGAUCUCGCCAAUGACCAGAAAAAAACAGCUCUACAAACCAGACAUGGUCUAACAGUUUCCCGAUUUGUCGCUGCUGUUCCUAUUCCUUUGGGCAGUGCCUACCAGGCCGAUCUCACUUGGGGCGAGCGAUGGCAUUUGGAUUUCUACCGUAAACGCACGGCGGUUCGAUGUUCUCAAUACUUUCAAAACUCAUUCUGGGAUGGUUUAGUUCUUCAGAUUUGCGAACAGCAUCCUGCGGUCCGCCAUGCUGCGAUUGCUAUUAGUGCACAUCAUUAUCAGCUUGAACAAGUUCAACAGAGCCAUGAUCAAAAUCGAGGAAGUCUUCUAGCUCUUCAUCAUUCUACACAAGCGAUAACCUACCUUCGAGAAAGUCUCGCUCGGGAACUAUUAUCCCGGGACAAGUCAAGCCGAACACACAAACAAAUAGUGCUCGUCGCUUGUGUCAUUUUGACCACCCUUUCUCUGUUCCAAGGCGAUAUAUCUGCUUCUCGUUAUCAUCUUGUUUCCGGAUAUAAACUUUUCAAGGAAUGGGACGUCCACAAAGAUGAAGGGUCCACUGGCCUGGCACUCAGACAGUUGUUUGCUCAGAUCCACGUCCAUUGGUCUAUUUGCAAUUAUCCCGAGCUAUUUGCGGAGGAUCCCGAACUCUUUCAUGACGAGCAUUGGGUCUCUCCGAACACUACAGUCGCUCCACCAAAAAUUGUGACUCUGCCUUCUUCUGGUAUCGACCAAAUGAACCGUGUUGAGCAAUUUGUGGUGGCUGUUACGGGUUUGAUCCUUGAAGCUUCUCCUUGUGGAUGUAACAUCAAGCCCGCAAGCUCUAUUGGCCGAGGCGCAGCCAUGGCGUUGAGUAAGCUUCGACUCUGGAGAAGUCGUCUUAUGUCUUCUCUAGUCGAGGCGGACAGUCUAUCGCCGGAUGACUGUGAUGCGCUUAAACUCAUCGCAUUAUGGGGCGGGAUCAUCGAUAUCAAGCUGGCUGUGGCCUCGAGUCACAACCCAAAUGAGAUGGUAUACGAUGACUAUUUGGACCGGUUCCAGCGUAUUAUAAAAUUGGCCCAUGCUGUGGCAGGGUCGGGCUCCAAUGAUGUCCCAUUAUCGCUGUUUGUCUACAGGGCCUCUGUCCUGCCUGCCCUUUUAUGGUCUGGGGCCAAAUGUCGUGAUUGGCUAGUCCGUCGUGACAUAUGUUCCUUAUUAGAUGAGUGGACAGGAAAAGACUACUGGAUAUCUGCGACAACUCUCUCCUUCGAAAGAUUGUUCGAUGUGGAGUCAAAGGGGGUGAAGCAAGGUGAUAUCAUCCCUGAAGCUGCUCGGACCGACUUUGUCGACGUAAAGAUCCGACCCGAGGAAUCCCUAGUUGAACUGCGGUAUCACCGGCCUCGGUAUAUGUUGCACUUAGAGAAUGACUGUGUUAGAUGGGAGAGCGAGUCAAUGUAUUAUUAA